CCGCGUAGGCCAGUCGCGUUCGCGUGGCGACCAAAACUGCCACGAAGUGUUACGAACUUUUCCAAAGUUUGUUACAAUUUAUUUAUUACCAUUGCAUAGUAUGUGAAAUAUGAGUUAUUAAUAAUAUAUAGUAUAUUUAAUACUUGCUUUUGUUCCUAUAUUAAAGUUUCAUACAUAGUUAAUUUUGUAAAACUUUAGUCAAAUUCAAAGUACAAAAAUAUAUCAAUGUGUGUGUCGUAAAAACCAGUUUAACACCUCUUACCAGUGUACAUUAUCAUGUAAAACCUCACAAUGUUACUAAACAACUAUGAUUAUGAGGACGAAACUCUUCAAAUCACUACUUCAGAGAUCGAUCGAAAAUUUUGGGAUUAUUUCGAUGGUGCUACCACCGCCAGUACUAACAUCACGGAGACUGUGUUGAGGGACCAAGGACCUGUGCUGGUGAUCUAUGGGAUCUUGUUGGCUGUGGGGGGAGUGGGGAAUGUGGCUGUGCUGGUCAGCCUCGCCAGGUCGAGGAGAAGGAAGUCUCGAGUGGAUCUGAUGAUGACACAUCUCGCGCUCGCUGAUGUCUGCGUUACGUGUGGAGUUAUUCCUUUGGAGAUCGGCUGGAAGUACACCAACGCGUGGCUAGUAGGCAACCUGAUGUGCAAGCUGCUACUGGUGCUGCGAGCCUUCGGCCUCUACCUGUCUUCUAACGUCCUCGUCUGCAUCUCCGUGGAUAGGUUCUUCGCAGUGAUAUACCCGCUGCGGCUGCCGGUGGCGCGCCGGCGCAGCAAACAGAUGCUGCUCUGCGCCUGGGCAUUCGCACUCGCGUGUAGUUUACCUCAGAGCGUAGUCUUCCGUGUGAAGCGUCACCCUCAAGUUGCUGGUUUUGAGCAGUGUGUCUCCUUCGGCGCCUUUAGCUCGGAACAACAAGAAGUAGUGUACAAUGUCUUCUGCCUCUGCGCUAUGUACUUCUUGCCUCUGAUUGUGAUCACCGUCUGCUACGUGUGUAUCUUCUGCGAGAUACAUCGGAGCAGUAAGGAGUUGGAUGAAAAACGCAUGCACCGCAGUAGUGUGGGACACGUGCGUCUGCGCAGAUCCGACCGACGCGUGCUAGAGCGAGCCCGGCGUCGGACACUGCGCAUGACAGUCACCAUUGUCGCCGUGUUCGCACUCUGCUGGCUACCAUACGCUACUAUUACUAUGUGGUACAUGGUAGACAGAGAAUCAGCAGCUCAAGUGUCGCCCAGGGUCCAAGACUUACUCUUCGUGAUGGCUGUCUCCAACUCCUGCAUGAACCCCCUGGUCUACGGCUCCUAUACCCUGGACAUCAAGGGGCUGCUGAGGAGAUUACUUAAAAAGACUUGCUGUCACUCAUCAGGUGCCUCAGAUACGAUAGGUAUCGAUGGAUCAGGAUCAAGUUCAAUAAAGAAUAGGAAUGUCAAUUUGGAGACACCGUUGAUGAAAUCGGGCAACAAAGUCCGCACUCGCUUAGGAGUGCGUUUCGCAGAGACCUCUCUAACUGCCGUGCCCUCUCGCCUCGAAGUGCCCAAAGUGGUGAGAGGGCCGGCCUGACAUCCACCACCACGCCUCCGCUGCGCCGAACACGAGCGAUGCCGGGUGCUACACCAGUAUUACAACGAGAAAAUUGCUACUGUUUAGUCCAUAAUUUAAUGAACAGUGCUUUAAGUGUGAAAACGUGUUAGCGGUGUGUAACAAACAGGUACUGACUUCGGAAUUCUAAGGAGUCAGGUAAUGUUUGUGAUGGGUCAAUGAACUGCUACUAAUGACUUGCUAAGAUUUGUAUAAAGUUAUCCGACCCGAGUGGCGGGUUGUUACUGGAUGUGGCGUUUUUUGCUUUAACUUUUGUUUUUUUAUUUUGUAUUAAUGGUGAGAAAAUAUGAAUCUAUUUUGAGCGGAAUGGCGAUAUCAUAUGUGUUGUUAAUAAAUGUUUAUUGCGACCUAAAGUGAUGUCUUAAAGAGUGACACAUUUUGAGUAUUUUUGAGUUAAUUUUGGUGAUUCUUUAAAUUCUGUAUUACUGCACAGAAUUG